CUCCUCCCCUUCCUUCUUAUUGCUCUCGCUGCAAACCCAUAAACCUCAAUAGAGCCGCGCCUAACCUAAGAACUGAUAAUGGGUUUCGCUAGUAAUAAUGCCGGAUUAGAGCCUCACUUGGCUGCGGAAAAAGCCGUCUCCGUCAUCGGUCUCGGUUUUGAUCUCUGCAAAGAUAUUCGAUUUUCCGCUUGCAUGAAGGGUCCUUCUGGCUCCAGUUUGAUAGCGUUCGAUACGAAUCAUACCAGGGACCUCGUUUUCCCAGGUGGGGUUGUCGUCCCUAACGUACCAACCUCCAUUAAGUGCGACAAAGGAGAGCGCACUAGGUUUCGAUCCGAUGUGCUUAGGUUUAAUCAGAUGUCCGAGCUAUUCAAUAAAGAGCUGGGCUUAUCGGGGAAGGUUCCGUCUGGACAAUUCAAUGUGAUGUUUGACAUGAAAAAGGGAUGGCCCAAGGACGCAGCUUCCACCAAAAGCCUGGCUUUAGAUGGUUGGUUCAUAACAUUGUAUAACAUUGAGUUAAGCAGAUCCGAUAUUACCCUUUCUGAAGAUUUGAUAAAAGAAGUGCCUUCUUCAUGGAACCCCUCUGCUCUAGCUGAGUUUAUUGCUAAUUAUGGGACUCAUGUUGUUGUUGGGGUGAAGAUGGGAGGUAAGGAUGUGAUUCAUAUCAAGCAGUCAAAAAAGUCAGAUCUUGAGCCCACUGACGUGCAGAGAUUGUUGAAGCAAUUAGCUGAUGAGAGGUUUUUUGGUGAUUCAAACCAAACUAAUUUCAAUGUCAAUGCGGCCGAAAUAUCGGGAAAACUCAAGGAUGAUCAUGCUAAGUCAUGGGGGUUUCGCAAAUCUUUACCUUUCAGUGGUAGACCAAUUGUGAAAAGCCACUCCAAGAACGAUGAUAUCCAAAGCAUUACAGUUAGAAGGGGAGGAAUUGAUAGUGGCCGAUCUUUUAACGAGUGGCUCCCAACCAUAUCACAGUCUCCUAAUGUAAUUUCAAUGUCAUUUGUGCCCAUCACUUCCCUGCUAAGUACUGUUCCUGGCAGCAUUUUUCUGAGUCAUGCCGUGAACUUAUACCUUAGAUAUAAACCUCCAAUAGAAGAGCUUCAUCAAUUUCUGGAAUUCCAGUUGCCUCGGCUAUGGGCUCCCUUGUACGGUGAUCUGCCUCUCGGAUUUGGUCACAGACAAAGAAGGAACAUGUCUCCAUCGCUUCAGUUCACUCUCAUGGGACCCAAGCUUUUUGUGAAUACUUCCAAGGUUGACACGGGAAAUAGGCCUGUAACUGGUAUUCGCUUGUACUUAGAAGGUAGAAAAAAUGACCACCUAGCUAUCCAUCUUCAGCAUCUUUCAGACAUUCCUAGCAUCCUCGACAUGUCGUACGACCAUAGCUACAGUCCUACUCGGGAUGAAGCGGUUGACAAAGGCUACUACGAACCCGUGAAAUGGAAUAUGUUCUCUCACGUAUGUACAGCACCAGUACAGUACGACACGUCCCAGCUAGACGAGUCCAUUGGUAUUGUCACUAAGGCAUGGUUCGAGGUCAAGCUUGUGGGGAUGAAGAAGGUUCUCUUCCUGAGACUUGGGUUCUCCUCUGUUGCAUCGGCCAGAAUUCGCCGGUCAGAGUGGAAUGGAACCUCAACAGAGUCUCGAAAAUCGGGCUUUUUCUCGGCGUUAAUGAGCACGAGGUUGAGCAAGGAGUUGUUGCAGAACACGCCGGAGAAGUCAACAAAGGUGAAUAUAAACUCGGCCGUGUACGAGGAGGGACCGCCGGUGCCGACGAGGGCUCAGAAGAUGCUGAGCUUUGUGGACACAAGAGAGAUGGUGAGGGGCCCGGAGGAUGUGCCAGGGCAUUGGGUGGUCACCGGAGCAAAGCUGUGUGUGGAGGAUAGCAGAAUCUCACUGAAGGUCAAGUUUUCGUUGCUGACAAUAAUGUCGGAGGAAUUUCUGCCGUUAAUGAGGGACUAGAGAAACGAUGAUGCUUCAGAAAAAGGGGCAACGUUUUCCUGAAUGUCGAGUUAACGGCGAUGGUCUGAUGGAUAUGGUGAUAUUGGUGUCAGCUAGUGUCAUAAUUGUAAAUAUUAUUCAUUCAAAAGGGGAUUCAAAUUCUUUUCAAGAUAAUGUAGCGCAUGGCAAGCCGCAAAAUCAGGGCAGCGCGAAGGAGUUCUCUCACAAAGAUCAGGCAGCCUAAAAAUGGUGAUAUUGACUUUGUAUCCUAUGUAGGAUUAUUAUAAAUACGACAGAUGGCAAGGGAUUUAAAAAGUUGAAUAGCAUGUGAAUUCAAAUUUUUUUUAAUCCUAGUCCAAUUCUAAAAGUCUUCUCUGUUGGAUGUUGCUUCUUUUAAUUGAAAUGCUAUGUUGUUACUCCUACGUUUGGUGUAUG